AUGGCCACUCCUUCUCCCACCAUCGCAGAUGCUGCCACUGGCACAGCAACCUCAACAUCUUCUCCGUCCUGCAUCACUGCUGUCCCCGGAAAAUAUGGCGCCGUCCCCAUCGAUGCCUGCAACAGUAACUACCUGGUUGUGCCCAACUUUGGCGCAAACCUGGCGUUCGCUGUGUUGAAAUACUGUUGGGUCCUCAUCAUGGGCAGUGCCUGGGAAACUGCCGCCUUCGCUCUCCGCACAGCCGGUACUCGUGACCAGCAGCAACUCGCCUACGUUGUCAUGGGCACGCUGCUUCUCCUUCUUGCGCCAUUGUGGAUCAACGCCUUCCUCUACAUGACCGUAGCCCGCCUCGUCCACUACAUGCUCCCCAGUCAAAAGGUCCUCGGAUUGAGAGCCGUCCUCCUAACCAAGGUCUUCGUCGGGCUCGACAUCCUUUCUUUCCUCGUUCAGGGUACGGGCGGCUCUCUUCUUUCCAACCAAGAUGAAGACAGCCAAGAUAUUCAACGUGCCGGCCAGAAGAUCUACAUGGUCGGUGUCGGCAUCCAAGCUUUGUUCAUCAUCGCCUUUAGCGUCUUGACCGUUGCCUUUUACAAGAGACUCGAUAUAGAGGGUCGACAGGAUCGCAACAUUCCGCUUACGAAGAAACUUGUUUGGGUUCUGCUUGCCGAUUUUGUCUUCAUCAUGAUCCGAAUCAUCUUCCGCCUCGUCGAAUUCAUCCCCGGCGCCAACGAUGAUAACCCCAUCCUUAAGAGCGAAAACUACGUCUUCUGCCUCGACGGCCUUCCCGUUCUCCUCGGCCUCAUCCUCCUCAACGUGCUCCACCCGGGCCUCGUCCUCCGUGGCCCCGAUAGCGAAUUCCCCCGCCUGUCCCGCAAGGAGAAGAAGGCUCUCAAGCGCGAGAAGAAGGAGGCCAAGAAGCAGCUCAAGGCGGAGAAGAAGCAGCGCAAGAUGGAGAGGAAGGAGGGCGGACACGGGUGGCAGCAGGUCGAUCUUGAUGAUACGUCGGCGAGGGAGGGGGAUGACUCGAAUGUUGAGCUGGUGGAAAGGAACUAUCCCAGCUAUGAUCAUUCGUGGAGAGAAAGGGAGGCUAACUCUAGGGUCUAA